UGCAAAGACAGAGACUCAUCGUGUAAUGAAUCACUGACAUUCAUCAAUUAUUUUAGAUGGUUACUAAAAACGUACUAGUUUUGUGUUAAGUAUUUCAUUUGUUUGUAUGUAUGAAGUUUUCAGUCCACUGAAUCUCCACCUCAGGCUCACGGCAGUCAGCGAGAACGUUCUUAUGGAGAACCUUAAGAUCUUAAAAAAUAAUGGCUUUGAUUUCCUCAGAUGCGGAUGGUAAAUCAAAUAGAAUACAACACGCUCACUCACUGCUAUAUUUAGUGGGGUAAAAUAUACCCUGCCAUAAGAAAUUAGCAUGGCACCUUUCCAAAAAGUAGAUUUCAAAAUAGUAUGCAUGGGUAUGGCUCCUAUCUGUUUUCUGAUUCUGAAUUCCAUUGUGCUAUGUGUUCCAGCUCAGGUGAUGGAGCGGGUGAAGCUUGUGUCCCUGCCCACAAGUAAGAACUGGACAUUUGGUCUGGGGGACAUCGAGAAGCUCAUCUUCAUGUUGAUUGACAGCCCGGGGGUUAUGUGUCGGCAGUCUUGUGUCAGGCAGAUGUUUGCCUCCAGGGCCUGCAGGAAGUCGCUUUGAGCACCAGUGAGAUGAAGAAGCUGGUGGUCAUAUGGGGGAGAUAGAGCAGCCAUGGAACUGCCCACAUGGCAGACCCACUAUGAGACACCUUGCUAACUUGAACUUCAUCUCAAAAGACUGAUCAACCCAGUUGGACCGGCUCAACUGAAUACCUCUCAACAGUUUUGGCCUGCUCCUAUAUCUCUGAAAAGACACUAAGGUUGCAUUUCAGCAACAACAAAAAAAGUAUAACUCUCAUUAUGUAAAAUCAAUCACUGUUAUAUACAGUAUAUAUAUUUUUUCAAAUGUUGACUAAAAAAAAGUUUUUUUAUUUCUAAACAUUUAUUUUCGAUUGUCUAUUUUAGGUAAAAUAAUCAAAACACAAAUGCUCUCACAUGAUCAUUUCAGUACAUAAACCUACUUUAAUUAGAACAAUUCAUCUUUGUGAGUUUGUAAAGACUUGGCUUUUUGACAUACUGAGGAUUCCGUACCGAGGAUUCCAUACCGAGCUCCUUAGCAACAGGUGCCUCGGUUGCGACGCAUGGCAUGUUUAUGGAAUUGCAUCGUCUGGAUGAACAGGUGAAAUGGCGAAAGGGGAUAAAAAGAAAAAACCCGAGAAAACGACUCCCGAACAAUCAUUAAGUACAUGUUUGUCAAAUGACUCCCACGCUGGUGUUGUAUCAGAACCACAUGUGUUAGAUGAAGAGUCGGGACAUGAAACAGAUGUAAUGACUGCCUCCUUUCCUUCACAACCACCACUCGCCGACAAACAACUUGAGAUAAGUGAUGAUGCAUUUCAUGAGGUCCCUGUUCUUCCUAAUAUUAUUGUCCAGAGUCUGUGCUCACUCAGGUACGAGGGUCAAAAGCAUCGAGAGCAGUUCCAUGGAGAAGGUGUGGCAUAUUUUCAGGGAGGACAUGUCUACAAGGGUAUGUUUUCAGUAGGAGUCAUGCAUGGACAUGGUCUGUACACAUGGGCAGAUGGCGUGAAAUAUGAGGGUGAGUUUGCAUUCAAUGUGCCCAUGGGCCAUGGGACAUACACCUGGUUGGAUGGUAGCUGUUAUGAGGGAGAGGUGUGCAGUGGAAUCCGCCAUGGUGUGGGGACAUAUAGGUGUGCCAAUUCCUCUGUGAUAUACAGAGGGCAGUGGCAUCACAGCAAAAGGCAUGGAAAGGGUACAAUAUACUAUAACCAGGAAGCGACGUCCUGGUAUGAAGGAGAAUUGGUAAACAAUAACAGAGAGGGAUGGGGAGUCCGAUGUUACCCCUCUGGAAACCUGUAUGAGGGCCAGUGGAGGAACAACGUGAGACAUGGAGAGGGCAGGAUGAGGUGGCUGCAGCUGGGUCAGCAGUAUAGCGGGAUAUGGGAGAAUGGGGUCCAGCAUGGACAAGGGACCCACACAUGGUUCCUGAGGAGAGUGACAGGCUCUCAGUAUCCCCUAAGGAAUGAGUACACUGGGGACUUUGUCCAGGGGCUGAGGCAUGGCCAGGGCAGCUUCUACUACGCAAGCGGGGCUCUUUACAAAGGAGAGUGGAAGGACAACAGAAAACAUGGACAGGGAAAGUUCAUUUUUAAAAAUGGACGCAUAUUUGAAGGGGAGUUUGUGGAUGACCACAUGGCAGAGUUCCCAGCGUUCUGCCUGGAUGGUUCAAACACCCCUGAUCUGAGUGGGAUUAGAACGCACACUCCCCAUCCUGAGGAUGGUGAAUCCCCCAGAAGAGCACCAGGAGGAGACUCGGGCAGUGGUCCAGCCGUGCUUGGGCCUGACAUGGCUCUGGACAUCACUGCUCUGCUGGAGAACCUCCCAGAGAACCAGAGAGACCUGCAGCUCAAACAGGUGGAAUUUGUGGUGCUGAGACACAUAGCGGAGCUGAGGGCCAUCUAUAGCUUCUACAGCAGUCUGGGCCAUGAUCAGUCCCCAGACAAUACCUUCUUGCUGUCCCGCCUGCAGCUUUGGAGACUCCUCAAGGACUGCAGCAUCCACCAGCAAGGCAUCACCCUGGCCCAGGUCGACCGCUACAUCUGUGCAGAGGAUGUCCCUUCCGAGGAGAUCCACUCUCCCUUCAGCACCAUGCUGCUCAGAAGGUUCCUCAGCUGUGUUGUGGUUCUGGCCUACAACACCUACCAUAAGGACAUAGAGCCCUCUGAUACCAUACUGGUUGCAUGUUUGUCCAAGCUGAUGAGGGAGAACAUCAUCCCUAAUGCCAAGAAUGUAAAAGGGCUGUUGUUCCCCAACCCCAUGCAUGCUGUGAUUGCUGUCAACUACAUUGGGAGGUGCUGGGAGAUCUACAAGGCCUUCUGCAGAGCCAACCCAACCCCCCUAGCUGACCAAACCAUGACUGUCAGGCACUUCAUAUGGAUGUUUAAGGAUCUUAGUCUGUUUGAUGCUGAGCUGACCACAGGGAAACUCCUAGAGAUCCUCUCUGUAGAGAACCCAGCUGCUUACGACCGCUACUACUGCAACCUAGACCUAGAGAUGACGUUCCUGGAGUUCUUUGAGGCGUUGCUGGGCUGUGCAGAGGUUAGCGAUCAGAGGGAUGGUCAGACAUCCUCAGACAGCCAGAUGGAAAGCUGCCCUCUGGCUGACACCAGGAGGGUUUCCCCUGGGGAGAGGACCAGAGACAGCCCUCUACAGAGGUCCUCACAGCGGCAUUCCCCUCUGACUGGACCUACUGCAAAGUCAUCAAACCCCAACAUCUCUCCUGAUGUGGGUAGUGUCAAAUCACUGGAGAUGGGAAAAUCCAAGGAGAUUCUCCAGCUGUCUACACCUGAAGAGAUGGAGCCCAGACAGAGUCCCAACGCAGCAGGCAACCUCACAUCACAGACUGGGGGUGGUGGGUCAGCAACCCACUCGUCAGACACUGAGAGGAGAGAGGGCUCAGGUGGCGCUAGAUCAGCAGUGGAGGCCAAAGUGUCAAACCACCCUCCCCAUGAUCAUCCCCCCAGCUCAGAGCCUGUUGAAGACAGGAGUGGAGCAGGUAUGACUUCCUGCCCUGCUGAGACUGAACUGGACAGCUGGGUCCAGAGGACCCACCAGUUCUUUACCCAGAGGUUCUUCCCAGCGUACGAGUACAGCCUGGAGCUGAGGAGGGAGGUGCAGGAAGAGAGGCUGAGGCAGGCGGCACUAGCCCGCAUCGCUCUGGCUAAGGCCAAGGAAGACGCCAGGUUGAGGGAACAGUGGGAGGCAGAGGAGGAGGAGAGACGGAGGGAAGAAGAAGAGGAUGAGGAGGCAGAGCGAGUAGAAGGGCCAGAGGAUGACCUUAACCCGUCUCCAGCGGCUCAGACGCCUGUGGCCUCCACCACCUCUGUGGUCAUCACCAAACAGUCGCCUGCCACUGCAGUCAAGAAGAAGAGGAAAUAGAUUCUUAGA